AUGUCCCUGUUGUCCCUCAGGUGUCAACAUCAUGUUCCUAUCAACCUUCAAGGUCCAGAGAAGAAGAGAACCAGGAGAGACGGAGUUCUGGUGGGCAUGUCCCUGUUGUCCCUCAGGUGUCAACCUCAUGUUCCUAUCAACCUUCAAGGUCCAGAGAAGAAGAGAACCAGGAGAGACGGAGUUCUGGUGGGCAUGUCCCUGUUGUCCCUCAGGUGUCAACAUCAUGUUCCUAUCAACCUUCAAGGUCCAGAGAAGAAGAGAACCAGGAGAGACGGAGUUCUGGUGGGCAUGUCCCUGUUGUCCCUCAGGUGUCAACAUCAUGUUCCUAUCAACCUUCAAGGUCCAGAGAAGAAGAGAACCAGGAGAGACGGAGUUCUGGUGGGCAUGUCCCUGUUGUCCCUCAGAUGUCAACAUCAUGUUCCUAUCAACCUUCAAGGUCCAGAGAAGAAGAGAACCAGGAGAGACGGAGUUCUGGUGGGCAUGUCCCUGUUGUCCCUCAGGUGUCAACCUCAUGUUCCUAUCAACCUUCAAGGUCCAGAGAAGAAGAGAACCAGGAGAGACGGAGUUCUGGUGGGCAUGUCCCUGUUGUCCCUCAGAUGUCAACAUCAUGUUCCUAUCAACCUUCAAGGUCCAGAGAAGAAGAGAACCAGGAGAGACGGAGUUCUGGUGGGCAUGUCCCUGUUGUCCCUCAGGUGUCAACCUCAUGUUCCUAUCAACCUUCAAGGUCCAGAGAAGAAGAGAACCAGGAGAGACGGAGUUCUGGUGGGCAUGUCCCUGUUGUCCCUCAGGUGUCAACAUCAUGUUCCUAUCAACCUUCAAGGUCCAGAGAAGAAGAGAACCAGGAGAGACGGAGUUCUGGUGGGCAUGUCCCUGUUGUCCCUCAGGUGUCAACAUCAUGUUCCUAUCAACCUUCAAGGUCCAGAGAAGAAGAGAACCAGGAGAGACGGAGUUCUGGUGGGCAUGUCCCUGUUGUCCCUCAGAUGUCAACAUCAUGGCAAAGACCUGCCUUUAGUGCACUGUAGAUAUCCACAGCCCAAUUCCAAACAGACGCUAGCCCCUAAACCCUAG